UGUGGAUCAAACUUUAUUGAUCCUGUGAAGUUGUGCAGUCAGACAGAUACGAUGCUGCUGUCUGUGAUCUUUCUGCUGUCAGUUUGUCUGCUGGACGUCUGUGGUGGAAACUUGAAUCAGACGCAGCAGAACGAGACUUUAAAUCAAACUCUGCAGGAACAUCAAACGUUCUCUGGACUCUUUGGAUUCGGCGAGCUGGCGGGGGUCCGGUCCUUCAGUCUGGAGCAGGAGGAGGUGGAGACCCGGAUCAUCGGGGGUCAGGAGGCCUGGGCUCACUCGUGGCCCUGGCAGGUUUCUCUGCGCUUCGCCUCCAUGCCGGCCUGUGGAGGAGCCGUCAUCGGCCCGCUGUGGGUCAUCUCUGCUGCCCACUGCUUCAAAAGGUACAACAAAGCUUCGUUCUGGACGGUUCUGGCUGGAAAACACAACCUGGAUGAUCCUCAUGAAGCUGGACAGCAGCUGGUCGGCGUCUCUCUGAUCAUCAGCCAUCAGGGCUACAACACUCGGACCAAAGAGAGCGACGUGGCGCUGCUGAAGCUGCAGCAGCCGCUCAUCUUCAACCAGUUCGUCAGACCCAUCGACGUCUGGAUGAGUCCGCUGCCGCUCUUCAGGAAGUGCACCAUCACCGGCUGGGGCUCCACCCGAGAGAACGGGCCUCGAGUCAACAGACUGCAGGAGGCGAACGUGACCAUGCUGCCCCCUGAUGUCUGUAACCAGUACUACCACGGCAGGAUGAGGCCCUCCAUGUUCUGUGCCGGGAAGGACGGAGGAGGAGUCGACGCCUGCCAGGGGGACUCUGGAGGUCCGCUGUCCUGCUUCACAGGCAGCAGGUACGAGCUGGCAGGUCUGGUGAGUUGGGGGGUCGGUUGUGGACGAGCCAGAAGACCAGGAGUCUACACCAAAGUCCAGCAGCACACUCAGUGGAUCUCUGACAUCAUGAAUGAUCAGAAUAUCAUGUAUGCAGAUGACAUCACCGCUGAAGAGGACAGGUGUGGUAAGCAGCAGAGCUCCAGCUGUGAGCACGUUCCAGUCCUUGCUGGGCUCACGGUGUCCCAGGACGGUGAGGUGUCUGUGGGGAACGUGACAGAGUCCUGCCCCUUCCUCUGGCCCUGGCAGGUCAGUGUGCAGUCCAACGGACGCCACUACUGCAGCGGGACACUGAUCCACCGCCGCUGGGUGCUCGCUGCACGCCACUGCAACGUAAGGGCAAAGAAGGACGUGGUGGUUCUGGGAGUUCAUGACCUUCAGUUCUCAUCUCCUCAAAGUGUCCCGGUGGAUGAAGUCUUCAAUCUGCCACAGGAUGACAGCUUUCCCCCGUCAUGUGACCUAUCUCUGCUCCGCCUCAGCAUUCCCGCCCGACUCAACUCCAAUGUGUCUCCAGUUUGUGUCCCCGAUGAGGACGAGGAGCUGGACGACAGCUGGUCGUGUGUCACCACCGGCUGGGGAUCCACGAGAGCAUCAGCGGACGUUGAUCCGGACCGGCUGCACCACGCCCGGCUGACUCUGGUCAACCAGACCACCUGCAGGGAGAAAUGGGGCGGUGACCUCAUCAGUGACUCCCACAUCUGUUCACAUCCUGCAGGCUCCGCCUCCUGCUUGGUGAGGGCUGCAGCUAACAGGCGACUCCGGGGCUCCUCUGCUGUGUCGGAAGCGUGGCGCCUACUUCCUGUUUGGCGUGGUAACAUGGGGCAGCCGGCGCUGUGAGGCAGACAAACCCGCCAUCUUCUCCAGAAUCUCAGAUUAUCAUUCAUGGAUCACUGAGGUGACUGAAGACAUCUGAAAUAAACUCUUUUACCUGGAA